CCUCCCCCUCCCUCCCUCUCUCUCUUUCUCUUCCCCUGUCUCUCCUUUUCUCUGCGUCCCUGCGCCCCUCGUUUCCUUCCCCACUUCCCCCGCUUCCCUGCUCUCUCGGUCGGCUCUCUUACCCCGCUCUCGCUCCUCUUCCUGGUCCUCGUCGGGGCCCUUCUUCGCGUGCCGUCGUUCGUCGUUGUUCCUUCCUCGUGCGUCGUGGAGUCGGAGUGUUGGCGUAGGCGUGGGUGGAGGUGGAGGUUCGCGGCUUGAUAUGGCAUUGAGGCUCGCCGAGGCCUGCUCGUCGAGGUUCCCGUAGGAGGCAGCAGCAGCAGCAGAGCGGUGGUGGUGGUGGUGGUGGUAGUGGAGGCGGAGCGAGCGAGCGAGCGAACGAGGGGAUUGAUUGAUUGAUUGAUUGGUCGCGGGGCGCGGCCCGCGAGGCUUCGUGCUCGGCAGGGAUGUCGUGCGACUGCUUUUGAAGGCUGCCGCGGUCGGGAUCUGUUGGCACCUGGUGCUCUCAGCGCUGCGGGCGCAUUAGGGCGCAUUAGGUCAGGUCCCAUCCCCAUCCUCCAUCCGCCAUCCUUCAGUCGCAAGGGUGCUCGUCGUCAUUCGAGCUCGCCGGCGUAGGGUUUACAGCGGCUCCCGCUCUCGCUGCGCAGAGCGAUUGCCAUUCUUCAAGUCCUGCGGGUUGCGGAGAUCUGCGGCGUCAGUGUGUGUUAGUGAGUGCGUGUGUUUGUGUGCGUGUGUGUGGAAAAUCCUCGAGGCUCUGUGAUCGGGAGGAAUUGUGCGGAGCGGCAUGGCGCCGACGAGGCUGGCCGUUGCAAGGGAGGCAGGGCCCUUGAACAAUGACAUCGUGUACGAGGUGCUGCGGCGCGUGGAUCCCGUGACGCUGGCCACCGCGAGCUGUGUGAGCUCGGGAAUCAAGAGCAUGACGGAGGACGAGGCGAUGUGGGAGAAGUGCUGCAACGAGAGGUGGCCGUCGACCAAGGAUCCCGAGGUGAAGGCCAUCCUGUCGGAGGUGGGGGGAUUCCGCAAGCUGUACGCGGAAUGCUACCCGCUGAUCCUGAACCGGCAGCAGCCCAUGGUGCGCGACGAGGACGAGUACGGCAUGAAGGACUGCGACGCGUGGUGGGACGACGAGGACGACCUCGAGAGCCACGAGCCGUCGGACCUCUCGCCCUCCAAUCUCAUCUCGAUUGUCGACGUCGUGUAUAACGGCAAGUCCGUUUUCUCGAGGACGGUGCAGGGAAUUCCUGGCGCCGACGAUUUCCUCGGAUGGUUCUCCAAUUGCCCUUUUCGCAUCGAUCUGCUCAAGUCCCCCGAGGAGGAGGACGAGCGGGGCCACGAGGCCCAGGCCCCCGUGCUCGUCACCGACGGCCUGCCCUCCAUCACGUCCGUCGAGAAGGAGCGCAAGGACGGCAAGUUCUGGAAGGCGCUGUGGGACAACAUGAGAGUGAGCUGGAUUCUCAUCAACAAGAAGACGAAGCAGAUGGCCAAUCUCGCGAGCUGGCGCCCUCUGGGCGGCCUGCGACACUGGCCCUGCGACGAGGACUUCCUCAUCCGCUUCGGAUCCAUCCUCCCGGCGAACCGCGAUUCGCUCUGCAGCGCCGUGCAGUGCAACAUUGUCAUGAAGUGCCGCUUCUCGAACCUGGACGUGGGCGAAACUGUGAACACCACUCUCAGGCUGACCGAGCUGAGCAUGCAGCUCGAGGACAUGGGCGGCGCGCAUGUGAACGGCAAGGACAGCCUCGCCAUUCUGCACAAGGCCCUGAAUUGCCCCAAGAGCAGGGCGCACGUCGAGGUCCUCAAUUCCUACCACCAGUACCUCAAGGUGCAGAGCGAGCUCAAGGAGAAGAAGAUCAGGCACGAGGGUCGGCUGGACACCGCGGCCGUGGUCAGCGGAAUUGGAGUCUUCGUCUUCAUCUGCUACUUCAUCAUCUGAGGUCAUGGCGGGCAUUCAAUUUUGAGCCGGAUUCCUUCUCGAUCUGAUGCCGCGGAUCGAGAGUCCGCCCGUCAGUCUGAGAGUCCCCAACGUGGGAAUUUGCUGCGUCCGACAGCAAUGUGUCUUCUUCCUUCGAAAGCUCGCAGCCCCGCGAGGUGGUGGGUCGGAGCCCGAAGAGCACCGAGCAACGAAGAGUGUCGUUGUGAAGACGAGAGGCAGCUGCAGAGGCGUUUUUGUACAUGGGACCAGUUGUGGAGGGACGAGCCCGGGAGUGCAGGGUGGUGUCAAUGUUGUGGAGCUUAUCCAGUGUAGAGGCUUUUUGAUCAAUAGUCGGUGGCACAGGAAGGUCUUAGAAGCGGGAGCGCGGGCGGAUUGCUCAAUCCGUUCGUAGGUUAGACUUCUAGUUGUGGUCCAGAUUGUGGAUAGAAGGAUGUGCGAAAUGACCUUCUCGGCGUGCCAGAUUCUCCUAAAACUCGCCGGCAAGAGUGAGAAUGAGGUGUUCGUAGAGUGUUUGACCAGAUUUUGCCAUUUGGUGUACAUUCAUGUAGAUAUCAGCUUGUAAUUACCCUACAUCAAAUUAUGGUAGCGAAAUCUUUGUAGGCCAACUUCCUUCAGAGCGGAAAUCAUUUCAUUCAUUUCAGGCAGCAGAGGCUGAUUACUGUGGGGUCCUAGUCGCAGUGGCCCCUUGUUAAUUUCGAUGGAAUAUAUUUGUCACCAGCAUCACCUGCUGGAAAUCAUGUCCUGCACAAAGGUAGACACG